GUCUCUCAUGCUGGUGCUUGGUUGGAGCAUCGGCCUGCCAUGAUCAACAUAAGGCCCUUAAAGCUCUACAGCACAGCAGUCUCUGCGAAAUUUCCCUCGCGGCAAGCCUGGGCUUGGGAGAAUGACGAAGCAACGUGGGCUUCUUGUGUUGCCCAGGAACGGCCGUCCAAGCUGUGGAGCCGCCUGAAGGUAGCGCCCGUGGCACCUGUGGCGCCCGUGGCCAGUGAGCCUGUGAAGUCAACUAAGCCAGCUGAGGCUUUCAAUUCUCUUCUCAAAUGGGAAGUUUCCGUGCGAAGCGCAGUGCUGGAGUUGAAGUUGCAUGUGAAGCUCUCCGCUGGGUCCCAAAAGUCAAGGGUCGCAGAAUCCUUUGGACACAAUGCUAUCCCGCGAUGUGCGAUUCAUGUGUGGGUAGAAGGACCGGAUGGUACUCAGCUGGCAGAAGCUCGUGGAAGCGUAUGUCCCAAGAACACUCGCAGUGCCAUCCACGUCCACUGGAUUUGUCGGGCGAAGUCCUGUCGCGAGUGUCCUGAAGACAAGUGGCGUUUGAUAGAGGAGCACCCGCGGCCUUCAAGAGCCAAACGGCCAUGGACGAUUCCACAGGCCCUCCUUAGUAUUUUGGCAACGAUUGGAGAGUCUUUUGGUAUGGCCAGAGUGGAACUUGGUGCAGAAGAUCAAGGUUCACAAAAACUAAUCCAGUACUACCUGGACUUGGGCUUCAGGGGCACCACUGAUCGCCCAGUUUUGGGCGAGCUCAGUAUGGAAGCCCCGGUUGCUCACAUUUCAGCCUUCGCCCCUCAGAGCUGGAUCGCAAAGCUACCCUUGGCGGACUUCAACGUUUGGUCGUGGUUGUGGGGCUCCAUGCAGAGACCAAGCUUGAGCUCCAUUGUCAACCUCAUGGGAGCGCCAGACAUGUGGCAAUGGAGAGUAGACUGGCCUCCGUGUGCCGAGCUGCAAAUCCGGACUUCUUGGCUUUCUGAUGACGCCAACCCGAAGGUGACAAUUUCUGCACAUCUUCGACGGCCACAAGGUGAAUUAGCAUAUUGCCGGGCGGUGUGUCGAUUGAAGCAGCGAAGUGUCCGAGUGAUUUGGAUUGGCAGCAGCGGCUCUAAGCCAGCACAUGCUUCUGUUCGGGGCCGAUUGCUGGAUGGCAGCGUUGGCAGUGACAGUGACAGAAAGGUCACCAUUGCAGCUGCUUUGCUUGGUUCCACUGCGGCUAUGGCACGAUGGUUUGGUACAGAAAUCCUGGAGCUCACAGUCAUGGACAAUGGCUCUGGAAAGCUCUUGAACUAUUUGUUGAGCUUGGGUUUUAGAGAGAGCGGAGGUCCUGGCUCAGAUGGUGUAUCAACUUCUUGCGAGCAGUUUGCUAUGGAGUACUGUCCAAAGGCUUGGCGCGAACGAUUACCGCCAGACUCAAAUCUGUCGAUGCUGGCGAAGCUGUUUGACUCGUGAUGACUCGUGAUUAGCCCAAGGCCAGGUCACAAAAUCACCGAGCCGCCUCGGGAAGGUCACAGACAGAUCAAACAAAAAAU